CCUCAGUUCAGUGGUUCGUCAACCUGCUGCACAGACAGGUAAAGUCUAUGGACAUGUGAGUCUUGCUGCCUCCAAGAGCAAUGUGUUUGAUGUUUCGCAGCUGUGUUGGCUGCAGAUCCUGCAGAUCAGAAGCUUCAUCAAAACGUUUCUGUUGGUCCAGUUUCUCCGACUGGAUAACCAUGAGGACAGAGACAGACGGCUUCAGGCUCAACUUCCUCCCGGAUCUAAGUGGGAUAUCUGUGGGAGGAAGAUGGUUUAGUAACUUGAGGAGAGGGUCCAGAGGCCAGAGCGGUGCCAACAGCCCCUCCUCGACUGAUGGACAACCCUCACCCAAUGAGGAGGAACCACAAAACGUGGUCCACACAUUUGAGCAAGUCCUGGAAACACAACACUUGUUUGAGGCCAGCCAGCUGCUGAUAGAGAGAGAGGAGCGUCUGUUUGGGGAGAUAAUGGAGAGCGAGGCACUCCAGCAUCACACGGAAGAAGUGGACAAGCUUGCUGCAGACUACAGGGACCUUGAAGCCCUUGUGCUGCAGACUGUGAGACUGUCUUUCAGCCCGGAAGAGUUCAGCACUGAGGCUCUGACAUCUGCUGUGAAUGCCGUGAACCAGGAGGAAGACCAGGACCGGCUGUGGAGAGAGAGGGAUGGGAUACCACCCAUGUGGAGGCCCGGGCGCUGGAAGAAGCUCCACGACUCCACGCUUCGCAGCUUGGUGGAGGAGCGUAUAGACAACCCUUCGACGCCUCGUGCUGACCAGGUGGCGCAGCAGUCGUCUAUCCAGGCUGACGUCCUCAGCAUGGGGAGGCAGCUGAAGGAGGACCUGCUGUUCAUGGUGGAGAAGGUGAAGAGCUGCUACCCAUCCGAGCUGGACAUCUGUAAUGUAUAUGCCAAGUUGUACCACCAAACCCUGAGCACCAGACUCAAAAAGAUCGCAGACUUUGGUCUGGAUGACAAGGACUGCAAUUUCCUCCUGCGCUGGGUGCACGAGUUUUAUCCACAAAUCCUUCAAAAGCCAGAGCUGGCCAGUGAGAUUGACAGUGAAGCAUUGGGAAAGCUGCUGCCUGCAGAGUUACUGAAACCUCUGGAGGAACAGUACCUGAGCAAACAACAGGAGGAGUUGACGACUUACAUUGGCCGUGUCCUGGAUGAAGCGAAGCAAAGGUGGAUUGACGGAAAGGAACCAGCAAGAGAGGAUGGCUGUUAUGUCAGUCCCGUGGCCUACGACAUCAUUCAGUUUGUCAAUGGGAUGGUGACUUCAGCUGAAAAGACUGUGGGAGACCUGCACAAGGCCCAGAACAUAGCUUCCCAACUGACAGAUUUAAUGCAGAGGUUCAGUAUUUUCCUAAACGAGGUCAUCAAGCAAAACAAACCGAACAGCAAGCCGAUCAUCAAGGCAAAUCUCGGCUGUAUUGAACAGUUUAGGGUCGUCCUCAACGAGAAGCGCAAUCUGUUCCCAGAGGAAGUGCGGGAAAAGUGUUUGCUGGUUCUGAAUGAAAUGAAAGAAUCUGCCCACACAUACUUAUUAAAACCUGUUCACGAGGAACUCAAGCCACAGUACCGCAAGCUGGGAACCAGUGACUGGCUGAAUAAGCCCCUGUUUGAGAAGCUGCUGGUCAGCAUUGAAAAUGAGAUUCAGGAUCUUCGGGGUUCGAUCGAAAACUGUCACCAGGAGAUGAUUGGCCAACUGCACCAGGAAGUGACAGCAGAAUAUGUGAGGAGGCUCCUGAAAGGAAAAGUCAACCUGGCGGACAAGGAUCAGCAGCUGAAGGCCUACAUGACCGUGAAAAACAACGCAGAGAGUUUGCACGAUUUAUUCGUCAAAAUGGGAUCAAAGGAGGAUUGGUUGAAGGAAAUCCUGACAAAGAUUGCAGAAGUGUUGAAACUCCAAGAACUCCCCUCCAUUCAGAUGCAAGUAGCAUCAUUGGGAACGGCUUUUCCUGACCUCAGUGAGAAACACGUUUCAGCGCUGCUCAAGCUCAAGACCAACCUCUCCAAAGCCGACAGGAAAAUUGUCAAAGACACUCUGUCGGACACUUUAAGGGGAAUGCAAAGCAAUGUCCCUGAUCAGCAGUUUUUCUCCACAGUUAAACUGGAGAAAGACAAAGUUUGGUUGAAAUUUUUUUGAAGAUUGUCUACAGUCUGACUGUAAAAUGAUGCAAUCAGUGUUGUAGUUACUUUAUGCAUGUAUAAGCUAUGGUUUGCAUUACUGGUAAAUACGGUGCUUUUUACUGCAAAGAAAUCUGCCCAGUCGUGUGUUUGAGUCUGUGUUUUUACUUGUUUAUUUUUGUGUUUUAUACAGAAAUAAGGAGUACGUCAGUGUUUGCAAGUGUAGUUCUCCGACGGUGUAUACAUUUUUAUAUCAAAUCAGUAUUAUUUUUUGUUAUUUUCAUCAUUUGCAAUAAUGGGAGGUGUCAGGCUGUAAUGUGUAUAGUUUUACAUUUUUGUUUCAUCUGAUGUACAGACUCUUGUUAAAGAAAGUUAAAUAUACGUUUAUAAAUAAAUUCUUUUGAAAGAAA